UUAACUGAAGUGAACUGCGUAUAAAGCGGUUUGAUGAUCUUGUUGCAAAUUCUAAGUUAGAAGCAAUCGUUGUAUUAAAUUAUGUAACUUUUCACUAAUUAAAACACUCUUAUUUUAUAUUAUUUUAUAUUUAAUGCAUCGCCACGAUGACUUGCUAUAGAAAGAAAGAUGGAGGACCUAAUGUAAAAUUCUACGAAUCUCCAGAAACAAUUGCACAGUUUGACACCGUACGGCAAUGGCUGCAGAAAAACUGCAAAAAGUACAUACAAGCAGAUCCACCAACAGCAAAAGGUUUAGCUGCAUUGGUAAACCAGCUGGUUCAGUUUCAAGAAGAUGCUUUUGGGCGUACUGUCAGCAAACCGCCUCUUACAAGGUUACCUAUGAAAUGUUUCCUUGACUUUAGACCUAGUGGUGCAUUAUGCCAUAUUCUCGCUUCUGUUUACAAAUUCAAAAGCGAACAAGGAUGGCGGCGGUUCGAUUUUCAAUCUCCAUCUCGUAUGGAUCGUAAUGUAGAAAUGUUCAUGACUAUCGAAAAGACAUUAGUUCAGAAUAAAUGUCUAACUCUUCCUCAUAUUUUCAUCAUGCCUGAGGUAGAAAAACAACUUGUACCUCGUUUAAAAGAUAUUAUUAAACGUCAUCAAGGCACUAUUGCUGAAAAUCCAGAUGAUGCUUCUCAUCUUGUACAUCCACCAUUACCUACAACCGAUGGACCAGAGGACUGGGUUCGUGUUGUAUUUAGAAGAGAUAAAAGUGUAAUGCUGCAUUGGUGGUUUUAUCCUGACAGUUAUGAUACAUGGGUUACUGCACCUGAAAUAGAUCAAGAACCUGAAACUCCUGAACCCCCAGAUGGACCUUAUGAGGUUAAUGCCAGGUGGCUUUUAGAUCUUGAUGAAUAUAAUGAGUGGAUGAAUGUUGAUGACUAUGAAGUUGAAAUGGAUGCACUGGGACGAAGGCGUUCGCCCAGAGGAAAAUAUACUAUUGAAGAACUUCUUGCUGGUGUAGAUGGUGACAAGAAAGACAAAAAAUCUGGUAAAAAAAGGAAACGCUCUCCUUCUCCGGUUUCAGAAAAAAGGAAAAGGAAAGGGAAUCGGAAUCCAUCAAUGAUUACAAAGAAAAAAUCUUUGCGUGGUGAUGACGAGUCUGAUGACUUGACUAAAGAUAUGGAAGAACCAUCGCCUGAGCCAAAUGUUCAAGAAGUACACAUUCCGAAGAAUGCAAACAAUCCUAGAAGCAGUAAGGAUAAUGAAUCUCAGCCUUUGAAAGGUGGUACACUUUUAGAGCUUGAUGGCAAUGAAAUGGAUGAUAAGGGAGAUAAAGAGGAAAAAGCAAAAACUUCAAGGCCUGAUUCACCUAACAGUCAAAGUAGAGACAAACCCCUGGAUGAUCACCAAGAUGACAAUGUGACUGAGCAAGCCAAUCAUAUUAUCAUCCCUAGUUAUGCAGCCUGGUUUGAUUAUAAUAGUGUUCAUGCUAUAGAAAGAAGAGGGCUGCCUGAAUUCUUUAACCUGAAAAAUAAAUCUAAAACUCCUGAAGUAUACAUAGCAUACAGAAAUUUCAUGAUUGAUACGUAUCGAUUGAAUCCUACGGAAUACCUUACUGUGACAGCCUGUCGGCGUAAUCUUGCAGGUGAUGUUUGUGCAAUUAUGAGGGUUCAUGCGUUUCUGGAGCAGUGGGGUCUCAUUAAUUAUCAAGUUGAUGCAGAUAGUAGGCCAACUCCAAUGGGUCCACCAUCAACCUCUCAUUUCCAUGUUUUAGCUGAUACUCCAUCUGGCCUCCAGCCUUUGAAUCCUCCACGAACACAACAACCAUCUGCUGCUCAAACUAUGCUUAAUUUAGAUAAAGCGAAAGAACCGGCUGAAGUUAAAACAGAAGAUGGAACUGCAAAACCAAAUAUUAAUGAUAACUUUGGUCUUCGAUUAGAUCAGUAUGCAAAGAAAAAUGCUUAUAUGAAGAAUAAAGCUGCUGCUACUGUCUCAAGGGAAUGGACUGAACAGGAAACUUUGCUUCUAUUGGAAGCAUUAGAAAUGUAUAAGGAUGAUUGGAAUAAAGUUUGUGAGCAUGUUGGUAGUCGAACCCAAGAUGAAUGUAUUUUACAUUUCUUGAGAUUACCCAUUGAAGAUCCAUAUUUAGAUGAUCCUGCUGCAGGAGGGGGAGCUCUAGGGCCUUUAGCAUUUCAACCAAUACCAUUUUCAAAAGCUGGAAAUCCUAUAAUGUCAACAGUAUCAUUCUUAGCAUCAGUUGUUGAUCCUCGAAUUGCAGCUGCAGCUGCUCAAGCUGCAAUGGAGGAAUUUGCUAAAAUAAAAGAUGAGGUUCCCUCAGCCCUGUUGGAUGCACAUAUUAAAAAUGUAGAAGCAGCAGCAGCUGAUGGAAAUAGUGAUCCAAAAUCUGGGUUGGAUAUGACUGGCAUUGCUGGCACAAUGGCAAGAGAAGAAGGAGGAGGAGGAGGUAAAUCUGAAGAAGGAGCUGAUAAAGAAAAUAAAAAGGAAACUACACCUCCAAGUGAAAAUCAAGCUGCUCAGCCUAAUGUUCAAGUGAAAGUGGAAAUGGGAGAAGAAAAAAGCGAAUCUAUGGAUGUUGAUCAACCUGCCCAAGAAAAAACAGAGAGUUCUAGUUCAACUGACGCUAAACUUCCAAAUGCUACAGAAUCUGGAGAAUCAGCUCCUGAGCGAACUGAGAAUACAGAAGUCAAUGGUGAAAAAACAGGAAGUGAUAGUCAGCCUGAAACUACUGAUACUGCUCCACCAAAACCAGCAGAAACGGAGCAAGAUCGGGUUCUUAAAGAUGCACAGUUGUCUACUGCAGCAGCAGCUGCUUUAGGAGCUGCUGCAGUUAAAGCUAAACAUCUUGCGGCAGUUGAAGAGAGAAAAAUAAAGUCAUUAGUUGCUUUAUUAGUUGAAACUCAGAUGAAGAAAUUGGAGAUAAAAUUGCGCCAUUUUGAGGAAUUGGAAUCAAUAAUGGAUAGAGAAAGAGAAACUCUUGAAUAUCAAAGACAGCAAUUAAUCCAAGAACGUCAACAGUUCCAUAUGGAACAACUAAGGGCUGCAGAAUUUCGUGCUAGGCAGCAAGCACACUCAGUAUUGAUGGCACAACCUGGUUCUGUUAACAGUGAACAAGGUCGCGAUUCACCGGUUCCUGGUGCAGGUCAGUGUCCUACACCAAACCGGUCUUAUCCUACCUCUAAGUCACCUGCAUCUGUUAGUGGGUCUCUCAAUCAUCAGUCUGUGGCAUCCCCUUCAAUAACAUCACCACAUGCGAUACCAGUUCCAGUUACAGCUACCACACCUCAACCCAGUCCUAGCCCUAUACCUCCAUCACCAUCACCUGCUGCACCAACCCUGCAUCCACCCUCUCAACCUUCUCCACAUCCAUCUCCUGCCCCUCCCAUUCCGUCGCCUGGACCACCCCAAAUACCACCUUCUAAUCAACCAAUGGCACCUCAGUCAAUGCCACAACAAAUGCCACCCCAGCAGCUGCCACCACAAGUACCACCCCCACAACAACAGAUGCCACCACAACAAAUGCCCAUGCAUUCUUAUGUUGGUCAGCAACAGCAGCAGCCACCACCGCCACCUCAACAACAUCAACAGAUUCCACAUUCGUACAUGCAAGGGCAUCCACCAGCUGGUCCACCUCAAGGAAUGGGCAUGGCUCCUCAGAUGAUGCCUCAUCAUGGUCGUCCUCCGCCUAUGCCUGGUCCUCAUUAUCCUCCUGCGGGAGCUUAUCCAUCUAAUGGUUCAAUGAUGCCACAUGCUGGCCUUCGACCUGUUGGACCUGGUAUAAUGUCAGCCGGUGGUAUGCCAAGUGGGAUGCCUCGACCUCAACAUGGAAUGCCUCCUGUACCAUCUGCACAACCAACUCAAGGCCACACUCCGAAUAUGAAUAGUGAAUCUUCCAUGCAAAGUCCCAUGGUGGGUCCACCUCAGCCCCAAGAAGAAAUAGUGUCGCGUUAUGGAAGCAAAAAUUUUGGGAAAAAUAAUAAUAGAUUUAGAUGAGAUCAUAAAGAUUUUCCUAACAACUGAGUGUCUGGACCACCAGAUGUUAGUGAUUCAAGUAACAGCAGCAGCAGUGAAGCUAUGAAUAUCGCUAAUGCUCCAAACCAACCUUGAAAAAGAAUUGUAUGUUUUUCGCAUGAACUGAAUUAAACCAUUUUAUAAACUUUUUAAAAAGACUGUAUGGUCAUAGUCAUCAAUUAUAUUUUCCAGUGUACCAUGUGUAUCACUUUCUUUAGUUGCUCAUCUGUGGGUGUCAUUUUGUUUAUGCUUUUAAACAUGGUAUUGUGGCAUAGUUCGAUUUAGUAUUCUAUGUAUUACCACAAUUCUUGUAUUUUCAUUCAUUCAUUCAUUGGCAUAUAUCAGGCUUUGCAAGUUUUUUUUUUAUUAUUUAAUAAAUCUAUUUUAAUUACCAUC